AUGACGUCCAUAACCAAAACCAUUCUUUUGAUCACCGCAAUCAUUGCCAACAGCGGAUAUGCACUCGACGUCUCGGGUGACGAUAUAAAGGAAUCCCUCUCUCAAUUUUCCCAUAUGUCGUACAACUUUCAGCAGGAUCCCCCUAACCCGGGAAGAUGUGACGACAUUAGUGGCUGCGUUACAACCGAGAGAAGUUUUGAUUAUCCGUUAGACCGUGACUAUUAUAGACCUAUCGAACCAAAAGAACCAAUGUAUAGCGAAACCUUGUACGCCAUCAGCAAGCUUCCAGGUCUAAGGGAACGACGACAAGCUGUAGUUAAGACUAAAGGUUCAGAUGAUGGUCCUAAUUCGGUUAUGUCACUGAUCGCCAGAUCCAGUUCUCCGUUAAGAUCCAUGAUAAGAAACAGAAAUCGUCGAUCAACACCACAGACAUCUUCCAAUAAAAACACUAGAGUGGAGGAACACACGAAGGUUGUCACUAAUCGACCAGCAACUACGGUGUCAAAUUCUCAACGUUUACUUCUGUUUUUAUUAACUACUCUUACUAUGCCGUACUUUGUGAUCACUCCAAGCCAUGUGCAUGAAGAUUAUGUAGAUACCAGCAAACUUUAUACUUCUUGA